AUGUACGCGGCCACCACACGGGCGUCCAACUCGAAUAUGGUCAAGGAUGUCCGCCGCGCCCUCAUCCCGAUCUUGUACCUCGACUGCGACCGUUGGACAAGCCAAAUAUCCGGACACAAGUACAUUGGUGUACGCGUGUGCUACAUGGACGAGAACAUGACCAUGAAGUCGUUCGCGCUGGCGACCAAGCUUUUCCGGCCAAAGACGAACGAGAACCAAGGGGUCCUCGUCGGGGCGGUGAAGAAGUGGAACGAGCAAGUCCUGGACGAACACGGCCUGCGAGCCGAGAGCUUCAACGGCGCCGUGUCUGGCUCUGGACCCGAGGUGUCCACCGGCAUUACCGGGAGGUUUCGGAGGGAGUUAAGCAUCCCCCAUCUGGUCAACCGGGCCGCCAUCGACGGCACUGGCAUGUCGAGCUCGCCCGCUUCCUCCAAGAACGCCGAGUGUCGCGCUAUGCUGAAGAAGGCGGAGAAGGUUAUCCAGCUCUUCAACAGGUCUACGGAAGACAAGAUCUUGUUCGGCGAGGAUUGGGACGACCUGCACACCGGCAAGCUGUCGCAAGCCGUCGUCCAGCGCUGGAUCAGCACCUGCAAGAUGCUGCUGGCCCUUCUCGAACGAUGGGAAGCCCUCCAGGAGUUCUACACGAACAAGAACGAGGAGUUCCCCCUGGCCACGCUCAGAACCGAGUUCGAGGAGGUGCACAGUAUCAUGAGCGCUGCCAGCAACGUCGCCGAGUACUGCCAGGAGACGUACAAGGCAACCGCGGAAGGGGGGCUGACGAGGAUCGUUGUCCUCCUCACCGACACCCUCGAGUCGAACGAGACCCUCCGCGUUCAGCACGUCCCGGCCAUCGGCGCGGAGGUCACCGACGCUGCUCCGCACACGGAUCGACCUCAUGACUGCCUCACUGCGAUCGGCAUGAAGACUCGCGUGGUCUUCGCCACCGCCGUCGCGAGACGGUUCUUGUGCCGCUACGGUUCGACUUGCUUGACCUAG